AUCGAAACAGCUUCUAUAACGAAAGCAUGUCCUUAUCUGCACGUCGUUCUGGCGAUGGCUCGCCCUUCAAUGGCUACUUCCCUCCCCUUUCCCUCGUAGCUUCAACAGGCGUCGUUUCCUAGUCAGAAAUUUUCCCAAUAAUCUCCUUGCGUGAAUUUCCUGCAAAUCACUUGACUUCCACAUCAUCACUUGACUGCCUUUUCUUGCGUGUUAUUAUUGCGCUUGAAACGGCCUAAAUUUUCCUAGAUGGCUAUCCGUACAUCCGACUUGUUAAGGCAAGUGCAGGAAGCUCACGAGUUUGAUCGUCACGCUUUGUUUCGCUACGCUUCUGCUAAUGUCGCUGGCUUCCCUGCCUCUCCCUCCACUUUCAUUGUUAAACAGUUCGGGCAUGGACAAUCGAACCCUACGUUUCUGCUAGAAGUGGGUACCGGAGUUUCGUUGAAACGGUACGUUUUGAGGAAGAAGCCUCCUGGCAAAUUGCUCCAGUCAGCUCAUGCCGUCGACAGAGAGUAUCUGGUUCUGCGGGCGCUGGGUGAGCACACACGAGUUCCAGUUCCUAAAGUUUUCUGUCUGUGUACAGAUCCGAAUAUAAUUGGAACUGCAUUUUACAUUAUGGAGUAUUUGGAAGGUCGGAUUUUUAUAGAACCCAAGUUACCGGGUGUGGCACCUGAGAGGAGGGGGGCAAUUUAUCGAGAAACUGCCAGAGCGUUGGCUGCUCUACAUUCCGUUGAUGUGGAUGCUAUUGGACUAGGGAAAUAUGGACGGCGAGAUAACUAUUGUAAACGACAGGUAGAUAGAUGGACCAAACAAUACAUUGCAUCAACUGGUGAGGAUAAGUCUCCCAGGAAUCCAAAGAUGUUAGCGCUCUCAGAUUGGUUGCUGCAACAAAUUCCCCCAGAAGAUUCUCCAGGGGCAUCAGCAGGCCUUGUUCAUGGAGACUUUCGCAUUGAUAAUGUUGUAUUUCAUCCCACUGAGGAUCGGGUGAUUGGUAUUCUUGACUGGGAAUUGUCUACUCUUGGAAAUCAGAUGAGUGAUGUUGCUUACAGCUGUCUGGCAUAUAUCGCAGAUAUGAACCUUCACAAUGAACAAUUGGGUAAAGGCUUUGAACUUACUGGAAUUCCAGAAGGGAUUCCUUCACAGGCGGAAUAUCUGGCAGAAUACUGCUCUUCAUCUGGAAAACAAUGGCCAGCCAAUGUGUGGAAGUUCUAUGUUGCCUUUGCUUUGUUCCGUGGGGCAUCUAUUCUUGCUGGGGUACAUAGUCGAUGGAUUAUGGGCAAUGCUACAGGAGGUGAGCGUGCCCGAAAUGCAGGAAAUCAUGCCAAUGGUCUCAUAGACUCUGCAUGGGCUUUUAUUGCGAGAAAAUCUGUGCUACCUCAUCACCCUCCUUCAGAUUCAAUUGCACAGGAUUACAUAACACGAUUUGGUGGUGAGAAUGAAGUUCAAGGCCUUUCAGAAGUGAAUGGGAGAUUUAUUCCUGGCAAAAAAGUGCUUGAACUUAGGAAAAAGUUAAUCAGGUUUAUGGAAGAUCACAUUUACCCUUUGGAAAAUGAGUUCUACAAGCUUGCCCAGUCAUCGUCGCGUUGGACAGUGCACCCAGAGGAGGAGAGGUUGAAGGAACUGGCAAAGAAAGAGGGACUUUGGAACUUAUGGAUACCUUUUGAUAGUGCUGAAAGAGCAAGAAAACUGAUCUUUGAUGGAAGUAAUGAUGCUAUCUCCAAUGAUGCCCAUAAUCAAUUACUUGGUGCAGGCCUCUUGAACCUUGAAUAUGGAUACCUUUGUGAGAUCAUGGGUCGUUCGGUUUGGGCUCCACAGGUAUUCAAUUGUGGUGCGCCUGACACUGGAAAUAUGGAGGUAUUGCUGCGAUAUGGGAACAAAGAACAACUACUCAAAUGGCUUAUACCAAUUCUUGAGGGAAGGAUUCGUUCUGGAUUUGCAAUGACGGAACCACAAGUUGCAUCAUCUGAUGCUACAAAUAUUGAGUGUUCUAUUAGAAGGCAAGGGGAUUCCUAUAUCAUCAAUGGGAACAAGUGGUGGACAAGUGGAGCCAUGGAUCCAAGGUGUAGACUUCUUAUAGUAAUGGGAAAAACCAACUUCACCGCUGCUAAGCAUAAGCAGCAGUCCAUGAUCUUAGUGGAUAUUGAGACUCCAGGUGUACACAUAAAGGGGCCACUCAUGGUCUUUGGCUUUGAUGAUGCACCUCAUGGUCAUGCUGAAAUUUCAUUUGAAAAUGUAUGUGUGCCUGCAAAGAAUAUCCUAUUGGGAGAAGGACGUGGAUUUGAGAUUGCCCAGGGUAGACUGGGCCCAGGAAGAUUGCACCAUUGCAUGAGAUUGGUAGGUGCUGCUGAGCGUGGAAUGCAAUUGAUGGUUCAAAGGGCUCUCAGUAGAAGAGCAUUUGGAAAAUUGAUCGCUGAGCAUGGUUCAUUUCGUUCAGAUAUUGCCAAGUGUCGAGUAGAGCUGGAGAAAACCAGAUUAUUGGUUUUGGAGGCAGCCAAUCAGCUUGAUCGGUUUGGGAAUAAAAAUGCCCGUGGAACUAUUGCAAUGGCCAAGGUAGCAGCUCCAAACAUGGCACUAAUGGUGCUGGACAUGGCAAUGGAAGUACAUGGUGCCGCUGGUCUAUCAUCUGACACCGUUUUAUCACAUCUUUGGGCUACAGCAAGAACAUUGAGAAUUGCAGAUGGUCCAGAUGAAGUCCACUUGGGAACCAUUGCCAACUUGGAAUUAAAGAGAGCUAAACUCUGAAAGCUUUGGGGUACUUGCCUUCAUUUUUUUUUUUUUUUUUACUAGCAAUAUAUAUAUAUAUAAGGGGAAAAAAGAGAAGCUGCAAAAGAAAUCUGAUUGGAGAGAUAAAUAAUGGUGGAUCUUUGUAAUAACAAAUAAGAUCCAAAUGAUUCAUGAUGCGUAAAACAGGAGAAUCAAUGUCAUCAAUGGCGUAAUUGGUCUUCAAUUUGAA